AUGUCCACCCAGGACUAUAUCUUUGACCUUGGGUCGUACCAUCGUCGCAUCACCACGCGCAAUGACGAAGCCCAAACUUGGUUCGACCGCGGUCUGAUCUGGGCGUACGCAUUCAAUCAUGAAGAAUCAGCAUCUUGCUUUGAGAGGGCCAUCAAAGCUGACUCCAACUGCGCCAUGGCAUACUGGGGUCUGGCUUAUUGCGUCGGUCCCAACUACAACAAGCCAUGGAGCUACUUUGACGAGAAAGAUCUCGCAGCCGUCGUCCAGCGCGGCCAUGAAGCAGCCAAGCUUGCUGAGGCAAACACCGAUGGAAUUACCCCGGUCGAGAAAGCUCUCAUCAAAGCAGUCCAGUACCGAUAUCCUGCAGAGAAGCCUGAAGGAGCCGAGGCUUGCGUUCAUUGGAAUCAAGGCUUCGCCGAUGCAAUGGAGGAAGUAUACAAGGAAUUCCCCAACGACCUCGAUGUCAUUACCCUCUACGUUGAUGCCGUCAUGAACCUCCAUCCUUGGAACAUGUGGGACCUAAAAACUUGCGAACCAACCGAAGGGGCACGAACAAUCGAGAUGAAGAACCUUCUUGACCACGCAUUGACUCUUGACGGGGCGUUGAAGCAUCCUGGACUGCUUCACAUGUACAUCCACCUCAUGGAAAUGUCACCUUCUCCCGAAUCUGCUCUGCCCAUCGCAGACCAUCUCCGAGGCCUCGUUCCUGAUGGCGGCCACCUACACCACAUGCCAACUCAUCUCGACGUUCUCUGUGGCCAGUACGAACAGGCUAUCACCUCCAACUCGGAUGCAAUCGUCGCCGAUGAAAGAUUUCUCUCCCAGGCUGGACCGAUCAACUUCUACACCUUGUACCGAGCGCAUGACUACCACUUCCGCGUCUACGCAGCCAUGUUUGCUGGGAAAUACCAAGUCGCUAUCGAGACUGUCGAGCGAUUGGAAUCAUCCAUGCCCAAGAGCCUUUUACAGGUGGAAUCACCCCCGAUGGCAGACUGGCUGGAGGCGUUCCUCACAUUGCGUGCUCAUGUCCUGAUCAGGUUUGGGCUCUGGGAGGACCUUGUCAACCUUGAACUACCAGAGGAUCAACAGCUCUAUUGUAUGACCACUGCGAUCACUCACUACGCGAAGGGGGUGGCCUUUGCCGCGUCGGGACGAGUCAAGGAAGCCGAAGACCAACGCCGUCUUUUCCAGGACGCCGUUCAAAAGGUAGCACCAUCACGGACUCUCUUCAACAACACGUGUUCGGAUAUCCUUCAGGUUGCCGAAGCUAUGUUGGAUGGAGAGCUAGAAUACCGGUUGGGUCACUUUGAUGCUGCGUACGAGCAUUUACGCAAAGCCAUCGAUCGAGAGGAUAACCUCCCUUACGAUGAACCCUGGGGCUGGAUGCAACCCACACGGCACGCAUAUGGAGCCCUCUUGCUUGAGCAGGGCCAUGUUGAAAAAGCCCUCGAGGUAUACAUGGCCGAUUUGGGCAUGAUAGACACUCUCCCCCGUGCGCUGCGGCAUGAGAAUAACGUCUGGGCUCUCCACGGUGUUCAUGAGUGUUUGUUGACGCUGGGUCGAGAGUCUGAAGCCAAAGAACUGGAAGGCAAGCUUUCAGCUGCAGUUGCCGCAGCAGAUGUGCCUGUUCACGCGUCUUGUUUCUGUAGAUUAGAGACGGAGUCGAAGUGCAAGAGCUCUGGAGCGUGCAAGGCUUAA